CGUUUUCGCAUUUGCUUUUUUUAUGUUAGCAAAUAAUUUAUAGUGAACAACAUUAUUCCAAUUAAUAUGUAUAUUAUAGAUCUUAUUGUGGAAUACUUUUCGCAGAAUCCUGAUCUGUAACAAUGCUGCGAAAACUGCUUUUCCUGUCUUUCGUGCUUGGUGUCGCCUUCGCUGGCCAUUCUGCAAACCAGUAUAUUGAUAAUGUGAUCCGGAAAUGUUUACCUCCUGCCAUUAGAGAUUUGGGUCUAGACCCUCUGCUAUUAUCAACAUUCAGUACUCGGUUUGGUCCAUCAACUGUGUACCAGUCGCAAGGUGAGGCCACUUUCACUGACGGCAAAGCAACUGGAUUGGGAAAACUGGAGAGGGUAGGAGAUUGUUCUGGGCCCUCCAUGUACCAAGGAGAACUCUCUAUAAACUGUACUCUUAGAAUUUACAGCAUCAAUCUAUCAUAUCAGGUUACAGUUCGGAAUAGUACCCACUAUUACCAUGCAAGAGCUGGUGGAAAUGUCCAAGAAACUAGAUUUAACUUGGAAAUCAUUGGACGGCCUCAAAACUAUAUUGGUGUUGUGAAAACUUACCGACUUGUUAAACUUGGAAUGGUAAAUCCUGCUAUCAACGGGCUUCCCACUUCGCUGAAUAAGUAUUUGAAGGUGUUAUCUGACGCAUAUAAAACGCAUGUAUCUUCUGAGUUAUUUAGUGCAUUCCAGUAUAGAUAUUCAUAUGCUCUAGACAGAGCUUUUGCACACACGCUAAUGCCAAGGCAAUAAAGUAUAACCAGAAAGUUUAAUAAAUUUUUUUUAAAGUAGA